UCGGGCUCCAUUUGAACGGGAACAGCGUAGUGCGCGCAGGACCAUGUGCAGAGCUGCUCUCUUCUCGGCGCUGCUUGUCACCGCUUGGUCGCUGGCGAAAGGAAUGGACUGCCCGUCCAUCCCCAUCCCACUGGCAGAGGCUGUCGUGGAAGCACACGGCUGUAUGACCAAGAUGGGCCGGCCGGUCAAGAACGAAGAGUAUGACAAAGUGCAGAACUUCCUGAUGCGGUGUGCGGAGCGCCAGCAGCCAGGCAGCUCUAACCCACUCGUGUUCCUCAUGAUGGCCUGCUCUGACGCCAAGUACCUGGACGGGACGGCUGAUUGCAUGUUCGGUCAAGAAGAGGCCAUAUUUAAAGAGCUGAACCUCACUCCUGCGGAUAAACAAGGCGGCGACCUCGUUUUUAAAUGUCUCAAGGACUUUCACGGAGACCUUGUCAAGAAGCGUCGCAAGCCCUGACGACAUUUUGGAAAGCAGCGGCAAGCUUUCAAGUCUGAAUAAAGAAGGUUAUAUAACUCAACACGUAUUUCUUCUGGAAAUAUGCACCAACUAGCUCCCCAACAAGUAUUACUCAGUUAUAUUUCUUCUGACAUUACUGAGAGCACCGCCAAUGGGAACUUUCGCCUGUGCAAACGUGAUGUGCUUCAGUGCAUGCUUUAGGUGCCUGUUAUAAGCGAGCAGUUGGUCUCGA